AUGAAGCCAAAAAACACAAAAAACCAUGCGGAGACUAAAGACGGCGAAGCGGGCAGCUCCAAGGGGACAAAGGGAGGUGGGUUGGCAGAGCCCCAAGGAGAGACCCGACGCGAGGGAGUCAGUGUGCUGGCUAAGAGAUUGCGGAACAGGCCAGGGCCGCGGUCCUCUAAGAAGAUCCAAAACCUCCCGCUCCCGGACUCAGAUUGGUCCGACACGGAGAAGGAGGAUAGGGAGGACGAUGUCCCCCACACAGACAGUGAGGAGUCAUCGAUCUCUUCCGUGGACCAUAUAACGGGAAAACGGAAGAGGAGAGGGAGGGCCCCUAAAACGUUUGAGGGAAUAAAAAGGAAGAAGGAACAGUGCAUAAGGGAGAUCCGGCUGCUCAAAGCGGAGAAGAAGGCACUGGAGGAGGUGGUUAACCCAAGGGUGGCCCCAAGAAGCGCGAAGCCUGAGAAGGAUACCAUUCGUCGCAUGGAGUCCCUCAGCCAGGAGGAGAUGGCGGCAGAAAUGUUGGAAAACAUAAAUGUCGUGGUCAAGGUUGCCGAAAGGUCGUCGAACCUAAAAGGCACAUACGUAAGGGACCUAAAGGCGUCUUCCGCGACGCUACGAGCGGCGGCUACGGUGGUGGCCACAAAGUCAGCGGGCCCCAACAGCACGGCGUUGGAGGAGAUCGAGAGGUGGAAAGCGAGGGUCAGGAGUCUGGAAGACCAGGUGGAGAAGCUGACGGCCCUCCUCCAAGAGGAGAGAGCCGCAAGGAUAGCGGCGGAGAAGAAGGCGGAAAGGGAAAUGGCCACUGUCGAGGAAGUGGCCACGGUCGAGGAAAUGCCCGAAGUAGUGCUGGAGAUGCCUGACGUGCGGCAGGGGGCAAACCUUUCUUCCCAGGCCAGUGCCCGAGCGCAAAACAAGGGGAAGCCAGUAAAGCUGGCGAAACAAGAGAAGCCCAAGGCCCAGGGCCGGAAACAAGUGGCCGCUAAGAGGGGAAAGCUGGAGACGGCGGAUAGGUCCGACGAUACCGUCCAUCGACCAACGUUGAGGGGAGAGCGUAAAGCGCUGGAGGAUCCGCCCGAAGAAGAUGCCAUGGAGGGCAUCAGGCGAGUCAUGGAGGGAGUCUCCAUAAGGGAGGUGGUCUGCGGGGACUCAAACAAGGUGAAGCGCAACCUGGAAAAUUUAAUAACUAGGUGCCAGGGAGCGCUGAGCCGAAUCCCGAAAGGAAAGGGGGAGAGUGGGAAGAGACUCCCAGUCGUUACCAGCGUGGAGGAGGUUAAGGACAAGGUGAGGAUGAGGGCGAGAGAGACGGCGGCGCGGAUCGUCCGAAGCAACAAGGAGACCAAGAUGCCGAAGGAGGAAAAGAAGCCCUCCAAGGAGGAAAAGAGGACCCCGGCUCUAGCCAAGCCAACUACCUCCUGGGCGGAGGUGGUGAGAAAGGGGAGGAAGAAGCAGGUGAACAAGGAGCAAAGCCCGGUGGCGAAAUCCGGGAAGCCUGUGACUGCGGCAACCACCACCGGAGCCGAGAAGAAGGGGCAAAAAGAGCAGCCGAAGAGGAGGUCGCCCAAAACCGCCGCGGUGGCGAUCUCAUUCCCGGAAGGACAGGCAGCCGAGGGAAUGAGAUUCCUAAGGUCCCAAAUCAAACUGGAGGACCUAGGAAUCGAUAAGGUCAAGAGCAGGAAAGCCCUGAACGGGGCUACCCUGCUCGAGAUCUCGGGAGGUGCCGAAGCCAAGGCCAAGGCAGACACGCUUGCCACCAGGAUAAAAACAGUUGGGGAGGGCAAGGGCGUGAAGGUCACCCGCCCCGAAAAAAGGGCGGAGAUCCGGCUUAAGGAUCUAGAUGAAUCCGUCUCUGAAGAAGAGAUUCGGGCUGCGGUGACGAAGGCUGGAGGUGGGCUCCCGGACGACAUAAAGGUAGGCCCCAUCCGGCGGACCCCCGGCGGAAUGGGUACAUGUUGGAUCCAGUGUGGACUCGAGGUGGCGAGGAGAACAGCCGAGAUGAGGAGAAUAAGGCUGGGCUGGGUGUCGUGCAGGGUGGAGCUGCUCGACCCCCGCCCGUUAGUAUGCUACAGGUGCCUGGAGAGGGGGCACAUUAGAGCGCAGUGCAGGAGCAACACCGAUAGGAGCAUGCUAUGCUAUCGGUGCGGCAAAGAUGGGCAUAAGGCGCAGGGGUGUACCGAGACCCCCAACUGCGCAGUAUGCAAGGGGAGAGGACUGCCCUCCAACCACAAGGCUGGAGGGGCAGCGUGCCGACUCCCGAGCAAGGGUGAGAAGAAGAGGGCAGCCAGGAAGAGCAGAGAAGAAGGCCGGGAAAAGGAGCAGACAGUAGGCCAGUCUAGGCAGCAAGGAAAGCAACAGCCAGGAGGAGGCUGGGAAGGCGUCGCCUUCACGGCGUUAGCGGCGCUCCAGGCGAAUCUCAACCACGCCCGCCAGGCUCAGGAUCUGUUCCUCCACAGCCUGGCGGAGCGUGGUUGCGGACUUGGCAUCGUCGCUGAGCCGUACCGUGUUCCUAAGAGCCCCUGUUGGGCGGGGAGCACGGACGGCUCGGCGGCGAUCGUCUGGAGGAGAACGGGGGAGAGGGUUCCCCCCUUCUCGAAACUCAAGGCCGGGGAGGGCUGGGUGGUGGCCAAAUGGGGGCCCCUGUUUAUAAUCGGGGUCUACCUGAGGCCCAGCCUUACCCGUGCCGAAGCGGACGCGAGACUUGAGGAGCUGGAGGACUUGGUCCGGGAGUAUCUCCCCGGACCGAUUCUGGUCGCCGGGGACUUCAAUGCCAAAUCGGCACUUUGGGGUUCCCGGCGGCCGGACGCCAAGGGGGCAGACGUGGAGGCCUGGGCCGCGCGCCUAGGCCUCCACCUAGAAAAUGUAGGGAACGUCAGCACCUGCGUAAGGCCGCAGGGGGAGUCAAUCGUCGACUUGACGUGGACUUCCCCUGCGGCCGCGAGGAGGAUAAGUGGAUGGGGGGUGGUGGAUGGCCUUGAGUUGCUUUCCGACCAUCUUCCCAUCCACAUAAAGUUCGCAUGGGAGAAUGGGAGGAGGAGAUCGCAAGAGCGAAUGGUUAGGUGGAUGGCAGAUAAGUUGGACCCGGACAAACUUAAGGAGUCCCUAAUCGCGGCACUGUGGGCGCAGCCGGACCCUGCGCCCACAGUGGAAGAGGAGGCUAGGUGCAGCGGGUGCUGA